AUGGAAACUUCCAACUUCACCGGCUAUGACCCGCCAACAUUCAUCCUAAUGGGCAUCCCUGGCCUGGGAGAUGCUCAUAUCUGGAUUUCUAUCCCUUUUGCUGCAUUCUACAUGACAGCUCUGUUGGCAAAUUUCACAGUACUGUCUAUUGUGGCCAAAGAGCAGAGAUUGCACAAACCGAUGUACCUGCUGAUCGGCAUGUUGGCAGUCUCAGACAUGAUCAUACCUACCACAAUCAUCCCAAGGGCCCUGGGGAUAUUUUGGUUCAAUUUGAAAAGCAUCACUCUGGCUGCCUGCCUGGCCCAGGCUUUCUUCUUGCCGGUAAGUGCUACUAUGCACUCAGGGGUCCUAAUGACAAUGGCCGUGCUAGUGGUUGUAGGUUUCAUAAGAGCUGUUCUCUUUGUUCUGCCCAUGCCCUUCCUAGUAAGUAGGAUGCCAUUCUGUGACAAUCGCAUUAUCCCCCACACGUACUGUGAAACGAUGGCUGUGUCAAUGUUGUCCUGUGGGGACAUCACAGGAUGCAGAAUGUACGGCUUGGUGUUGGCAUGUGUUUCCACUGGGUUUGAUAUGACAGUCAUUGCAAUAUCCUAUGUGCUAAUCACCAGGGCCGUCCUCCGAAUGUCCUCCAAAACAGCCCACCAGAAAGCCCUCAGCACCUGCACCGCCCACAUCCUUGUGAUACUCAUGGCUUAUCCUCCUGGCCUCUUCUCCAUUCUGGCGUACCGGUUCGGUGAAGGUAUCACACCUUCUGUGCACAUUAUUUUGUCCAAUCUCAUUUACCUCCUACCCUCCAUGCUCAACCCUAUCGUGUAUGGAAUCAAAACCAAAGAGCUUCGUGAGGAAGUGGUUGCAUUCAUCUGCAGAAGGUUCUUGAUUGGCAUCACUGACUAUAAAACCACAUGA